CAAAUAACUAUAGGACCAUGGUCCAUAGUAAAGACGGAGCAAACUCUACUGGUAGAGCAAGGUUUCCAUGUUUUGUAAUGUACAAUAAUACUGAUUUUGUGGUUACCAGACACAGUGUAGAAGAGAUACAACAAUUUCUUAUGAUGAUGAUCGCCAUUCCUGUUGGUCUGUGGACAGCCUCAUGUCUGUGUGUCUUUGUAUUCUCUGUCUGUGUAAAAAUAGACGACAAAGGACACUUCAGAAUUUCCUCCCAAGCCAAGAUUAAGGAAAGACCAAUAACAAAACCGAAAAGUGCUUGGGAUGAUCCUAUCCUAAAGAAAACCCAGAAGAAGACGCUCUUGAACAGGAACCAUCUGAAGGAGGUGGAAGAGCAGGAGGAGGAGGAGGAGGGGGAGGGGGAGGGGGAGGAAGCAUCUAAGCUUAUUGAAUCUAAAAUGUGACCAACGGUGUUGAAUUUGUAAAUAUUUCUGCUCCUUUGAACUAGUUUUUGUUAGAUAUUAAGUGAACUUUUUGAAUUGCUCAUUAAAGUUUAAAAUAGAAAAAUUUUACUGUUUUUAUUGAAUUUAAUUUAAAUAUUUACCUGAAACAUUUUUUACACGUUUCCCUUUAGUUUUAGAGCUUAUGUCACAAAGAAAAGUAGCUUUUUGUUUUAAAAAGUUUUUAAAUAGGAGGAAAAUUCUUUAAAAAUAUUAUUUAUGAAUAAUAUCAUUGCACUAGAUCGGAACUAAAUUAGCAUUUAAUGUUAUGGUAAAUGCCCAAUAAAAGGUUAGAAAACAUGAUAAUUUCUUGAUAAGCAGUACUUUCUGUCUAAAUAACCGCAGCUCAGCAGCUCAUGUUACCAGAAACCAGAAUUUUAUAAUUUUCGUACAUAUCAAAAAAGUAUUCAUAUAUGUCUGUA